AUGUGGCUGCACAGUUUUCUCAUACUGUUGAGUGCCACCAACUUGACCCUCUCCUUUGUUGUCCUCCCGUACAUCCAAAUCGACUAUGCUCAUCUCAUCCGAGUAGCUCAUUGCAAGGCUAAAUGCUCAGAAAAGGUACUGUCUCCUAAUUACUCAAAUGUGAAAUUAUUCUGACAUUUCAGUAUGGAUAUCCUAAGACUCGUGACCUUCUCGACGGCACAAUCGAUGAAUACUUCUUUGUGGACACUGAAGAGUACACAAAAUGCGAGAACGGCUGCAUUCAAUUCCAGCAUCGACGUGACAUGAAACGAAGCAAUUUGACCGGUGAAACUCUUCAAGGAGCCAAAUUCUGGCUCGAAUCAAGUGCUCACUCAGGUAUCAGUCCAUUUGAAAGGAAUUAUAAAUAUGAACAGUGUUUAGGCAAAGUCGGCUCAUCUCCGAUCUCAUCUGUUGAGCUGUUGUGCCAGAUGCCGUCAGCGACACCCGAUUUGGACGAUUCGUUCGAGGUGAGAAAAGGGCUCAUGGGGUGGUGGAUAACUGCCAUUGUUUAUGUUGUGACUCAAGACGUGUCAUCGAACUAAUGGUUUUCCAAUUACAGGGACUUCUCGGUCUGUCGAAAGUUCGUCCAUCUGGUCCUGUACAAUAUGUCGUCCAGUGGAAACAAAGAACUUAUGCAUUGGGAUACUACGACGAGAGUCAAUGGAUUACUGCAUCGGUUUGUGACUUGAUUUUCAGGCACAUUCAGAAAUUUGUGUUUUCAGGUCGAGUCUGACAGCAUGAUCAAGGCGGACGGAAUGAUCCCCGGUGUCCAGUACAAGUUUCUGGUUACUGUUGUCGGACCAGCUGGCAAACUCGGAGAUACCAUUCAAAGCGAGUGGACCGAAAUCGCCAAUAAUCUUGCUGUAAAGGCUCCCGGUGCUCCGCUGAUUGUCAAAAACGGUUUCAAUUCGGAGCAAGGCGUCGUUGCCCAUCUCCAUUUUCCAAGGUAAGCGUUGUUUUUUCUAAGACCGUCCGCAAUUGUAAUAAUAGUGUCUAAUUAGCCGCAAUGAAGUGAAGCAUGUGGUCGGCAAUCCUUUAUGAGCAUUAUCCGCUGACCGUUCUCAAAUGAUCCCCUUUCCAAUCCAAUGGUCAAUUAAUCCCAUUGCAGAACGGCCUAUGACAGUUGCCAUUUCCGAGUGCAAGUCAAAAAUGCGACGAAUGCUGUUGUGACGGAUAUUCGUGUCGAUCCGACCUUCUCAAUUCUUCUCUCCCAUUUGGAGUUUGACUCUUCUUACGCAGUCACUCUUUCUGCUCUCUCGUCGGAUCAGAAAACUGCAACACCGCCAAUCUCAGUGAGGUUUAACUCAUUCCAAUGCAAACAAGUUUACGGAAAAGGAAGUCUUCAUUGCGGUACGAGUGAUCCUCUCGUGCUUUCACACUGUUACUUUACAAUUUUAGCUCCGGAACCAGUUUCAAACAUUCGUGUUGCUAUUCAAGCUAACUCGACGGCGAUGAUCACGUGGACGGCAUCCGCCGAGCCGGAGAACAUUCUGACUUAUGCUGUCACGUACCAAGCCUACCUCGGACCGUGCAACAAAGACCCAACAACUGUGUAUCUGGCGGCCCCAUCUACCAGCUACGAGAUGUCACUUCCAAGUAACAUCCAUUGCGAGUUUAUGCUCCGCAUCACGAACUAUGACGCAAUGGGUAAGUCGAGGGACCUUUCUCUUCGUUUUUCUCAAUAUUUGUUGACCUAUGGUCAGGUCUUAAAUCUCAAUUAACUUGCGCAAUGGCAAUAAGUUAUCUAUCUGUGAACCAAACGAUUGUAUUUCAGGUCGUGAAGCGUUUGCUGAGACGAGAAUAGCUGUGCUACAGGAACAACUGAUAAACGCUUCCAUCAAAAUGCCACUCAUUGCCUUGGGCAUUUCGUUUGCAUUCCUGGUGCUCGCCGUAUUUUGCUUUGCUGCCUGCCGAUGCUGCAAUAAGUGCCCUGUCAAAGUCUCGGAGAAUAAAGCAAAACUCACAGAUUACGCUUAG